UAUAAGAUACCAUAGACUAUUCACAGUCUAUGUAAGAUACACUUAUGAGUAUUAUAUAUUUUUUGUUAAACCGUCGACAAGGCGGAUAUCCUUGCGCGGAUACCAGAACCUACCUCUACCAUCCACCAACGGUCAGUGAACAGCUGUGAACAGUAGCAAAUACCCUACGCAAACGAUCCGGUUCUUUUCAACGGCUCUUUUUGGUACGAUAGAGCACCGAGUCGUAACGCUUCGUGGUGAGAGUCGUUCUUUUUAUCGUUCUGCCCAAAAUUUCACUGCCUGCCCUAGAUCAGCUGUCCUUUGGUAAACGUAGACAGAAAGAAAUGAGAACAAGAGGUAACCAUGUGUUUGGGAAAAACAAAAUGGGCCAAACUCGAAAACGCAGCAGCAUUUGGAUGCACUUCAGCAAUAAAGGCAACGAUAAAGCGGAGUGUAAUAUUUGCAGAUCAAACUUAUCAUAUAAAUCAGGGUCAACAAACAAUCUUCACCGCCACUUAAAAUCACAUCAUCCAGGGGUGCAAGUGGCCGAGGAUGUGAGACUACGACGAAGUUAUGAUAAUGAUGACCAAGAUAACACCGCAUCAGUGGAAGUGUCUCUGGAGGACUCUGACACCCAUACUCCAGUGAAUGAUGCUGAUAUUAAUUCUGCCAUUAAUGGCAUCCUGGAAGCUGCACAAGGAAGUCUAGCAGAACAAAUAACACAUGAAGAGGCGAGUGAUGACCGCCCUGUGAAAUGUAGACGGAAUAAACGCAGCUUGGUUUGGAGGCACUUUGAGUACCUGGACAGUUUGGCUGCUGCUCGUUGCCGCAUUUGCAUGAAGAAGUUAAAGUGCUUUAAAGACAGGAGCACCAGCAACCUGCAUCGCCACUUGUCAAAGAGACACCCGGGGGUCUUUUCUCAGCUGGUAGCAGUCAAGCAGCACCCACCACCACCCCACUCAUCACAGGGCUCAAAUGCUAACGGUGACACGUCGACACCACCAGAAACUGUUGGGGCGCCAGAGAAGCAGAGACAGUUUUCUGUGGAAGUGUCUCUGGAGGACUCUGACACCCAUACUCCAGUGAAUGAUGCUGAUAUUAAUUCUGCCAUUAAUGGCAUCCUGGAAGCUGCACAAGGAAGUCUAGCAGAACAAAUAACACAUGAAGAGGCGAGUGAUGACCGCCCUGUGAAAUGUAGACGGAAUAAACGCAGCUUGGUUUGGAGGCACUUUGAGUACCUGGACAGUUUGGCUGCUGCUCGUUGCCGCAUUUGCAUGAAGAAGUUAAAGUGCUUUAAAGACAGGAGCACCAGCAACCUGCAUCGCCACUUGUCAAAGAGACACCCGGGGGUCUUUUCUCAGCUGGUAGCAGUCAAGCAGCACCCACCACCACCCCACUCAUCACAGGGCUCAAAUGCUAACGGUGACACGUCGACACCACCAGAAACUGUUGGGGCGCCAGAGAAGCAGAGACAGUUUUCUGUGGAAGUGUCUCUGGAGGACUCUGACACCCAUACUCCAGUGAAUGAUGCUGAUAUUAAUUCUGCCAUUAAUGGCAUCCUGGAAGCUGCACAAGGAAGUCUAGCAGAACAAAUAACACAUGAAGAGGCGAGUGAUGACCGCCCUGUGAAAUGUAGACGGAAUAAACGCAGCUUGGUUUGGAGGCACUUUGAGUACCUGGACAGUUUGGCUGCUGCUCGUUGCCGCAUUUGCAUGAAGAAGUUAAAGUGCUUUAAAGACAGGAGCACCAGCAACCUGCAUCGCCACUUGUCAAAGAGACACCCGGGGGUCUUUUCUCAGCUGGUAGCAGUCAAGCAGCACCCACCACCACCCCACUCAUCACAGGGCUCAAAUGCUAACGGUGACACGUCGACACCACCAGAAACUGUUGGGGCGCCAGAGAAGCAGAGACAGUUUUCUGUGGAAGUGUCUCUGGAGGACUCUGACACCCAUACUCCAGUGAAUGAUGCUGAUAUUAAUUUUGCCAUUAAUGGCAUCCUGGAAGCUGCACAAGGAAGUCUAACAGAACAAAUAACACAUGAAGAGGCGAGUGAUGACCGCCCUGUGAAAUGUAGACAGAAAAAACGCAGCUUGGUUUGGAGGCACUUUGAGUACCUGGACAGUUUGGCUGCUGCUCGUUGCCGCAUUUGCAUGAAGAAGUUAGAGUGCUCUGAAGGCCGGAGCACCAGCAACCUGCAUCGCCACUUGUCAAAGAGACACCCGGGGGUCUUUUCUCAGCUGGUAGCAGACAAGCAGCACCCACCACCACCCCACUCAUCACAGGGCUCAAAUGCUAACGUGGAAGUGUCUCUGGAGGACUCUGACACCCAUACCACUGUGAAUGAUGCUGAUAUUAAUUCUGCCAUUAAUGGCAUCCUGGAAGCUGCACAAGGAAGUCUAGCAGAACAAAUAACACAUGAAGAGGCGAGUGAUGACCGCCCUGUGAAAUGUAGACAGAAAAAACGCAGCUUGGUUUGGAGGCACUACGAGUACCUGCACAGUUUGGCUGCUGCUCGUUGCCGCAUUUGCAUGAACAAGUUAGAGUGCUCUGAAGGCCGGAGAACCAGCAACCUGCAUCGGCACUUGUCAAAGAGACACCCGGGGGUCUUUUCUCAGCUGGUAGCAGUCAAGCAGCACCCACCACCACCCCACUCAUCACAGGGCUCAAAUGCUAACGGUGACACGUCGACACCACCAGAAACUGUUGGGGCGCUAGAGAAGCAGAGACAGUUUUCUGGCAAAUUGAAAGUUUCAAGAGCUUCUGAAGGAGAAAAGCAUGUGUUAAGGAGAGAGCGGGAGCUGAUAGAAGCUCUGAGGAGAGUGCAGAAGGAGGAAGCUCGGGCUCUGGAGCAUCAGAGGGAGCUGCUCGAGAGUCUGCGUGCAGUGAAUGCCAGGGAGGCAGCUGCAGAGAGGCAGCAGAUUGAGUCACUGAGGAAAGUACAGCUAGAGGAAGCCAAAGACUUGAGUAGACAGAGAGAAGAGGUCCAGAAGGAAAAGACACAGCUGCAGAAGAAAUGGGAAGAGCUUCAGCAGGAAAGGGAAGAACAUGUCUUGUUGUUGUCCAGAGAACAGCAAGCCUCCUGAUCAUGUCCUGACAUCACUGAUUUCAGAUUUUCUAUAAAUGCUUUGGGACAAAUUCAAACACAUGAUGAUGUAAAAUGUAAACUCCCCUUUUUAGUAAAACAAUCAAUGGACAGUAGGUUUCUGUCACAGCUGUGUUGCACUGCUUCUUUCUUCAUCUUCUGCCCACUCUGGUCCUGUCUCAUUGUGCGAUGUCCCGAUAUCACUCUGGUAUCAAAUGAAUAGAAAUGUGAUCCAGGACAAACCUCUCCCUCCCCACAUCACCCUGCACUCACUCAUGGCUGCAACAAGCAAUUUUCAAAUGAAUAUAGUAGUCAGAGACUGGCCAUAAAAAUGUAUGUGCUGCUGCUCACUCAAGUCUGCAGGACAGGAUCAGUUGCAAAAAAAUCUACAUUUGCCAAUGCAAUUGGAACGUUGUCAGUAAAAAACUGACACAUCAGAGAUUUUCUUUUACUGUGAGGGCUUGAGAUGAUCAGUCAAACAAAUGUAAUUAUGUAAGUAAAUAAUAAUAGUUUAAUGGUUUUUCUUUCCUUUUUUAUACCAAAUUACACCACAGCUUUAACAAGUGGUGUGAUCCUGUUACUUAAGUCUCUUGUAGAAAUCUGUGAUGGUAAGAGGAUGUGUGAAUUAGGCCAUUUUUGAGAGCAUCAUAUUUUCCUUCAUUGAUCUUUUUAUUGAAACAGGAUGUUUAGGCAAGACAAUGUUGGGAAAGAUUUAGAGAGGCAGUUUUGAUUUUGGUUAAAAUGUUUUUUAUACUCCCACUGGAGUAUCAUCUUUCCUACAGGAACACUGCAGAUAAUGGCAUUAAAAUUUGAUCUGUAAGAAAAUAUUUUGAAGAAAAUUACAUUGUACGCUCUACUUUACUGAGUCAAUACAUAACUAACUUUUCAGGAAUCGGGGGGGGUCAUUUAUGGCAGAGCCGAAGGACACCUUUUCUUUUGAAGUUGAAAAUGCUUACAAUGUGGUAGUGAGGUCAGAUUUAUUGUGGGUAACUGAGAUAUUGUUAUUGGCAAUACAAAUUGCAAAUACUUUUUAUGUAAUUUUUCAUGCAUUGAGCACCAGAAAUGAAAUUCUAUUAACCUCCAGUGUAUUGGUAUUGUGGCAGACGUUUCUGAGGCAGAUGCAAGAGUUACAACCAAAACCAAAGAUGUAUUAUCAAGCGUCAAAGUGGGCAACAGACCCACUCAAGAACAGUAUAAACUUGAAUUAUUCUGGCCUUAAAUCUAGUUUUAAUACAUUUUAUUAUUUAUAUU